UUCGCCACUAUCGGUACCUGGCGGAAAGUCAAGAUUAGUGUUGUCCUUUUUCCCCCGGAUCGUCCUCAAUUUUGGCAUCGAUUAUUCAACUAGAGUAGUACGAAAAUCUAAAACAUUGUUGAUAGAACUAUUAUUGCAUUUCUGCUUCUGUUGGCCUUUCACUGUCAGUGUAGCGUUCCACUGUUAUUUCUCAGACUAUGGCGACCAAUCCCGCCCUUCAAAAAGCGAUCGAUCUUGUGACAAAAGCGACAGAGGAAGACAAAAACAAAAAUUAUGAAGAAGCUUUGCGACUAUAUGAACAUUCAGUUGAAUAUUUUCUUCAUGCCAUCAAGUAUGGAACUCAAAGCGAACGAGCAAGAGAGACAAUUAGAGAAAAGUGCAAACACUACCUUGAAAGAGCUGAAAAGCUGAAAGAAUACCUGAAAAAAGGAAAAGACACAGGCAAGAAACCAGUAAAAGAUGGAGCUGCUCCAACAAAGAAAAAUAAUGAUAAAGAUAGUGAAUCAGAUGAAGAUGGAGACGAUCCAGAAAAGAAAAAAAUGCAAACAAAACUAGAAGGAGCUAUAGUGAUGGAGAAGCCAAAUGUAAGCUGGUCAGAUGUAGCUGGCUUGGAAGGAGCUAAGGAAGCCUUAAAAGAAGCUGUUAUUUUGCCCAUCAAAUUUCCCCAACUGUUUACUGGCAAAAGAACACCUUGGAAAGGAAUUCUUCUAUUUGGGCCGCCCGGUACUGGCAAAUCAUAUCUAGCUAAAGCUGUUGCCACUGAGGCCAACAAUUCGACAUUCUUUUCCGUCUCAUCAUCUGAUUUAGUCUCGAAAUGGCUUGGCGAAUCAGAAAAACUUGUACGCAAUUUGUUUGAGCUGGCUCGAGCUCACAAGCCAUCAAUCGUUUUCAUCGACGAGAUAGAUUCCCUAUGUUCGACUCGCUCAGAGAAUGAAUCAGAAUCAGCCAGAAGAAUUAAAACAGAAUUUCUUAUUCAAAUGCAAGGUGUUGGCAAAGAUCAGCAAGGAAUCCUAGUUUUGGCUGCAACGAAUAUUCCAUGGGUUCUGGACUCGGCAAUAAGACGACGUUUUGAAAAACGUAUUUACAUUCCCCUUCCGGAAGAACCGGCUAGAUUGAACAUGUUUAAAUUGGCUUUUGGAGAUACUAAACAUAGCCUGACAGAAGAAGAUCUACGAUUGCUUGCCAAGAAAACUGAAGGAUUUUCUGGUGCGGACAUCACAAUAUUGGUAAGGGACGCUCUAAUGCAACCUGUUCGAAAAGUUCAGUUGGCAACUCAUUUCCGACGUGUAAGAGGCCCAUCUACUGCCGAUCCAAAAGUUAUCGUUGACGAUCUACUUACACCGUGUAGUCCUGGAUCCCCUGGUGCCAUUGAAAUGAAUUGGAUGGACGUUCCGGGAGAUAAACUAUUGGAACCACCUGUCACUAUGAGUGACAUGUUACGAUCUUUGGCAACUUCAAAGCCGACCGUUAAUGAAGAAGAUCUGGUUAAAUUGCAAAAAUUCACAGAAGAUUUUGGACAGGAAGGAUAAGUUGGCACCUGGAAUGCUGGAUCAAGCCUGGCAUGGUGGGCAACGCGUAAAUAAACUUCUUUUAUUUUCAUCACGCUUACCCUCUUGUACGCCUAUAUACAAAAUCUGUUGGCCCACCCUGUUAUACUGAUGUAAAUGUGAUUUUCUUUUUCCCUGUCUUUCCGUUUGGGUUUGCAGAAAUGGUCGGAUUACGAGAAGAAUUAUGAUGGAGCCUUCAGUUUCUCCAAAGCAAAAGUUAAUUUACAUGAUAUGGUGUCCUAUUAUUUUUUUUUUUUUCUAAUCCUCAAAACCAAUAGCUGAUGUGAAAGAAAAGACAACCAACACGCCCCAAAUUGAAAAAAAUGAUCGGUUAUGAAUUGUAAAAUUAAAAUAAAUGCUUCUGAACUUA